GUCAAAUAAAUUCCGUGUUAGGCGAGUAGCCGCCGCUGCAGGUGGAAUGUUUGUUUUGCUCUGAAACAUUUUUCAAUGAAAUUCUGGAUAAAAUUAAUUGAAAUAUACCGAAACUGAACCAUGGAAGUGCUGUCCAGUGAGAAGUAUCUGAUUGCCAGAGCCAAGGAAACCACAGACCCGUAUACGGCCAAAGCAUGGAUUAUCGCAGCGAAGACGCUCUUCCCGAACGAUUUUGGUGUCCAGUUCGAGGCGUACGAAAUCGAGAAAAAUGCCAACAAUUUUGAGGAAGCCGCUAAGUGCUUGAGUUAUAUAAUCAUGACAUUCCAAAAUGCACAUCAAACACCGGCCAGUUUGUUGAACGAAAUCUCACUGAUGACGUCGGCGCUUCGGGUUCCGGAGGGGACCACAACACCGGAGCAGGAGUUCUACGUCAAGAUGUUCCAGUAUAUUUCGUACGAGGUGCAGCACAAGAUUCUAUUGCUGACGGCUGCUCAUUCGAAUAACAAUCUGGAUCAUUGCCGAUUGAUUUUGCUGCUACUGAAGCGGUUUCCCCAGGCGAUAUCUACGCACGCUCCACGACUGUUGGAAACCUUGGUCCAAAACAUCACGAUCCCCAGCUUUAAGGAAAUGCUGGUACAGGAAGCAAUUCCCCUCGUGUACAACCGGCCACCGGAUCUGCCGAGCAAAUUGGUCCACCAGAUUAUGGCCGUGUGCUUCGAAUAUUAUCUCAACCAGAUGCUGACCGAAACGGAGGACAAAGCUCGCACGAUUGCCGACUGUUGGCGGAAGAUUUUUGAAAUUCUGGAAUUUUGCGGGACGAUUCUGAAGUGGGAGCCGUUCGUUCCGUACAAAAAGGGCUGGAGCAAGGACAUCUAUUGGCAGAAAAUCAUUCAGAUUGUCCAAUCGGCACCGCCGAGACCUUCCGAGAACAAACAAAUUCUGUUUUGCGCUACGAUCGUGUUCGUGCUCUCGCUUCAAGAUUAUAUCAACUUUUCGCGUUUGAAAGGGAAGGAUAACGAGGUUGAGGUGAUUUUGGUGGAGGGGUUGAAGGACCUGAAGAUAGACGUAAAACGCCGACAGAUGGAAUCGGUUCUGGAAAUUCCGCAAGUGGUCGUCAACGGACCAGUCAAUCCGGAUGCCCCAAAUUGUCUGGUUACAUCGUACAACUGUUGGCAGCUGUUGCACUCGAAUGAAAUUUUGAAGGCAGAUUUCACCCAGCUGAUCAUUCGCAUUCCGGGUUUAUCGCUGUGGAUUCAAAAAUUCCUGAUAGAUUUGUCGGUUUAUGUCGGGCAGCACGAGGAAACCCAUUCGUUGCUUCAAUCUCAGAAUGCGCGCAACAUGUCUCAGUUAGAGAAAAACGUUCGCCUGUUUGGCCUUGCGUUGGUACAAGGGACUAUCAAUGUCCAUCUUUUCGAAUUAAUGAACAACAUUCUGCAGAACCUCCCGGCCACAAAUGGUCACUAUCUACAGAACGUUGCGCUGUACCCGGCACCUCGAGUUCUGAUGCUGAUGCCUUUGACCAAGCGUUCCAUCCUCCACUACAUAGUUCAAACGCUCAUCACACUUCUCAAGGCCAAGUUGAGCGAUCCGGAAUGCUCCAACGGUGUGAUCGGCAAUCUCCUUGUUCUCUGCCAGCUGAACUGGCCACACGAGUCCACGAUUGUGGAAAUCAUUUUUGAAAUCAUCAAAUCUCGCCGUCAGUUUAGCUAUCCCAUCUGGACCAGCUAUGUGGUGAAUGUGGAAAUAGUGGAAGAAUUCAUGUAUCUUUGGCAAAACUGUCCCGAUAUAAAACUGGAGCUGGCGCUGUCGUCGAGCAGUAACAAUCUAGCUGCCGCCGGAUCUAGACGAAUCGGUACGCGAGGAGUGGAUAAAGGCGCCAAAGAGGACUUCAAACAGGCGAUUAGACAACAGAUCAGCCGCAGCAAUGAGGAUCUGGAUGAACUGUUGGUGCAGUUCUUACAACAACAACACAUGACAUUGUUGCAGAAUAUUUUCGAAAAGUAAUAAUGUAGGUAGGUAGUUAGCAUAGGAUCAUGCAUUUUCAUAAUAAUUUUUCGAUUAAAUUGUGGAAUGAUUCUUUUGUCCGAAAUGUC